AUGGCCAGCCAUGAUCUUGACCUUGGCCGUACCGACAGCAGCCCCUUGCUACGGCCUAUGACCGCGCAACGUGUAUCGGCAGAAGACGUCCACACAACGGCGACGACAUUCGACGCUGCUGCCACUGUCACCAUGUCUACGACGCCCCCCGACCGCGAGAGCAUGAUGGACCACGCAUCGUUUUCCCGGGAGCGGAAUCAGCAGCACCAGUACCACCAGCAAAUCCAUCAUGAUGACCAACCAGAUCAUGAUGAUAGUGUCGCUACUGCUGAAGCUGCCUCGACCGCCGACGACCACCCAGAUACGAGCCAUAUCGACAGCAGCUCCUUUGAGGCUGCACCUAUGGAUCCUAGCAGGGGCCCGGACGAGUCGGUAUCCGAGGAUGUUGUACGCGAGCACUUCAAGGAUGUCGAGUCUAGCUUCCUGUCCACUCUUUCGCCAAUCCUGACCGUCUCUAAUAGUGCUGGGGGCGGGGCCGACGACACGUACGUCUUCGACUCGCCCAAUAAGGCAGACAUGCAGCAGACUCACCGCGCUCCUCAGGACCAGGAGCCUGAAUCGACCACCAACAUUGUCGAGAGACUUGACUCUUCACCUACGGCUGCUGCCACUGCCAGGACCGUCUCGCGGGCCCUGGGCAUGGCUUCUGGCGCCAACAACAACAGCAACAACAACAACAACAGCAGCAUUAGCAGCAACGACAACAACAACAACGAUAAUAAGAGCAGCACAACUGACUGCGAUCCAGCGAAGGCUGCUGCUGCGCAUACUCCCCUUAUCAAAUCCUCCUCUCAUCAGAGCGCAUCGGUCGAAUCCUUUAGCGAGGUUGAAGACGAGGUUAGGCCCGGAUUUGACGACUCCACUGGAGGCGGUGACGACGAGGGCCUGUUGUGGUCCCAGUCGUACCCGAACCGCCAGGACGGCGCCAGCACCGCGGGUAGUAAUACUAUCCGCGGGAAACGGCCCAGGUACCUCCGCAGCAGAUACGGCAGUCAGCGGUCAUCCACCUCCUCCUUCACCACCAACCCCGAAUCCCACGACGGCAGCGACGUUACCACCCUCGGCCACGGUGCCGACUACGCUCUGCAAUCUGGUGGUGCCGUCCCUACUGCCCUCGGCGCCUCGUCGCGCCCCGCCAGCGGCAGCGUCAACAUGCUGGCGCGUACCGUGAGCAUGGGCAGCGUGGCCUCGGGCUUUGACGACUCGCUCGGUCAGCUCGAGACCCUGCCCGAGGUGGCCAGUCCUACGCGAGAGCAAACUCCCUUAUUUGAAGAUGUGGCAAGAACCCCCAAGCCGUCCAGGGAGAAUCUCAACACGGCACCGACCGACACCGUCAUCGCACAGCACGUCAAGAACGUCCAUGUCCCAGAGUCGCUGGCAAGGGAAUAUAAGUUCGAGAACAAUCUAGAGACGCCACGCAACAACCGCUCUAGCUAUGCCACCACCACGGGAUCUGGCACCACCACCGGCCGAGCGGGUAAGAGCCUGACAUUGAAGGAGCAGAGCAGCACCAUCGAAAGGCUAUCAAAGGAGAAUUUUGACCUCAAGCUCAAAGUAAUGUUCUUGAGUGACCGUCUCGACAAGCUGUCGGAGGAGGGCAUCAAGGAAAUGAUAUCCGAGAACGUAGACCUUAAGACAGGCCUCGCUGUCUUCCAGCGCGACAACAAGGUCUUGCGGAGGAGGAUCAAGGAGCUCGAGAGGCAGCAGAGGGACGAUGACGAGCGGCCCAGCACCGCUCGCAGCGGUGCCUCAUCAACGGAUCAGACCGCUCGCAUGUACGACGAAGAGGCCCAGGAGAAGGAGGAGGAGCUCGUCUUCUUGCGGGAGCGAGUCGAGGAGUACGCUACUGAGAUUGAGCGCCUGCGCACCGACAACACCAACAGCGAGGCUGAGAAGCGCCGGAUGAGUGAUAUGCUCCGGUCAUCUAUGACGGCAGAUCGCGCCGGCGAGAGCGUGGGACGCCAGGAAGAGGCCGACGUCUGGAAGGACCUGCUGGAGCAGGAGACUGCGCGCAGGGAACAGGCUGACGAGGACAACAGACGGCUGCGCGAGGAGCUCUUCCGGAUCAAGCACGAGGUGUCGGGCAGUGGUAGCGCCCUGCACCACACCACCAACAUUUACAACAUCUCCAAGAAGCAGCGUGAGCGCGGCAACAUGUCGCCUAACCGACCCUUCUCGGUCCUGUCCGGUGAGGUGGACAACGGCUCCAACGCCAACCUCAGUGCCGCCAGCACCUUGGUCGACGAGCUGCGUAGGGAGGCAGAGCAGCUGCGCCAUGAAAAUGCCGAGCUGCGUCGCGAGGUCGGUGCCCAGACAUCGAUGCUCACAUCGCGCAACCGCGAGAAGGAGCGCUUGUACCAGGAGAUUGAGGAUCUCAAGAUGUCGGCACGCCAUGGCCGAGGUGCGCCCUCGACGGCUGCCGACAGCAUCCUUGAGCGGUCGGCAUCGCAGGUAGGAGGGCAUGGCAGGUCAAGAUCGCGCGGCAGCGCCCACACGCUUCGCACGACAGCCGAGGAGGAAGAGGCGGAGCGGGAGCGUGAGGAGCUGGAGACGAAGCUGGCCGAGCUGCGCGACAACAUAAGUGAGGUCAAGCUCCAGAACCAAGAGCUUCAGCGCGAGCUGGAGACGUGCAUGGAAGACUUUGAGACAGCUGUCAAUGGCAAGCGCGAGGCCGAGGAGCAGGUGCUGUCGCUGCAGGAAGACCUGCAGACGGCUAUGAACGACCUGGUGGCGCUGCAGUCAGAGAGGGACGAUGCACUGCGGGAGCAGGCCGAUAUGGAAAACGAAUUCGAGGCACUGCGACAGGAGGCGCAGAACGAAAUCGAUGCCCUCGAGGCCGAGGCGGACCAGCGCGGCGACGAGAUGCAGCGGUUGCAGGCAGACCUGGCGGACCGUUCUGAGAACUUUGACGCGCUGCAAGAGGAGAUGCGCAAGCUCAGCGAUGCUCUGAUCGGCCUCGAGGACGAGCAGCUCCGCAAGCUACGGCGCAUCGGCGAGGUGGAGCAGGAGCUGGAGUCGUCGAACCGCGAGCUCGAAGAGCUGGAGAGCAAGCUGCGUGAGGCCAACGAGAAGAACCAGCGGAUGACGGUGCAGCAUGAAUCAGCACAGGACGAGAUUGGCUUCCUGCGCGAGGAGCAGGAGGCCGACAAGAUCCGCAUCGGUGACCUAGAGGCGUCGCUGGCCAACGUGGAGCAGUCCCUGCGCGAGGAGAAGGACCGGUCGAGGGAGCUGGAGCAACGGUUGUCGUCGGAGCGUGAGCAGCGCGAGGCCGUCGCCAACAAGGAGAAGGAGGACGUCCAGCAAAUUGUGAACCAGCUCAACAAGGAGGCGUCGACGGCCAAGGAUGAGUCACGCCGGCUGCGCAAGAGUCUGUCGUCGAGGGAGGUUGAGGCCGCAGAGUGGAAGGAGAGGCUCACUGAGCUCGAGAAUAACCUUCGCGAGGCUUUGGGUGAUCUCAACGGGACGAGGUCGUCAUUGCUCAAGUCUAUUGCGAAGAUGCAACGCGAACUUGAGGAUACCGUUCGCGAGCUUGACUCCACACGAGCGUCUGUGGUUGAAAAGGACCGCAUCAUCAAGCAGAGGGACGCUCUGCUCGAGUCACACGGCCUCGAGAGCCGCAAGCUGUCAGAACUUCUGGACAAGGAGCGUUUGAACCACCGCAACACUAAAUCGCAGUUUGAGGCAUUUGAAAAGCACCACCAGCACCUUUCGCGGACGGCGAGCACGCAAGACGGACGUAUCAUGGAGUUGGAGGCGGUCCGGAACCAGGAAAGGCAGCGGCUCUAUAGACUGGAGCAGCAAUCACGAGAGCAGCUGGCGGAGAGGAACGAGCUGCUGCUGACGCUGUGGCAGAAGCUGAGCGGACUGUGCGGGCGCGAAUGGGCCAACAAUAACACGAUCAUCGACCGGCAGGUCCUCCCGUCGCUCGAGGUGGUGGCGACGCGGCUGCCCGGGUUCUCCAAGAACCUGCUGGGUGCCGUCAAGGCGAUUGAGACAAUUGUCGGGUCGUUCCAGACUAAAAUCAAGGCAGUAGAUAGGGAGCUGUCGCGCGAGUACCAGACGCUCGAGAGCAACCUGGAGGUGCGGACCAAGAAGCUGGACCGUCUCGAAACCAUGGUGCGCAACACAGUGGCAUCGAACAACUCGAGCUCCGAGCUGCACAGCCGGAUGCUCAGAAUGGAGGAUAAGUACCGACAGCUCAAGGUUGAGCACGCCACGCUCAAGGCGGCGAAGGACGCGCGCGCACGGGCAGCAGCCUACGCCUCGCCGUCGACGCUCGGAGUAGCACCGGGUGUCGACGACGGCGGUUCUCCAUCCCCCUUCAUCCCACGCGGACCACUAGACCGAACGGGACACGGCGGACGCUCGUCAUCCAUCAUGUCGCGCAAGACGAGCAGCAGCCACGGAACGGACGGACCGGAGAUGGCCACCCUGGCAGCCGUGCACGCGACCAAUGAGAAUGAAGCCAGCGGCGGUGGCGGUGGCGGCAACAACGACAACCGCUGGCUCCUUAGAUUACGAGAAAUGGAAUACAAGCUCAAGAUGGAGAGGGAGGCUCGUAAUCAAGACAGACAGGCGGCCAGGACGCGAUUGGGGGGUCUCGAGUCGGAGAAUAGGGAUCUACGUGAACGAGUAAAAAGAUGGGGAGGAGACGAGUAUUAG